CGUCAACAACAUCAUCCACGCGGCGAAGGCGAAUCGUGACAUGCCACCCCAGUCAAUCUCCGUGUCUGUCUUUAUUCACACAUCUCCCUGUUCAACACCUGACCUCACUAGUACUUGUUUACGGACUAUAGUCAGAGUCCGUCCUUCCAUUCAUCCUCCUGAUGUACUUUGUUUGAAGCGGCCUCAGUUUGGUUCCCCGAUUGACCCCGAAAUAUCCAUUCUCCCCACCCUCAAUCGACCGUCUCUGCCUGCGGCAAGCCUGGCAUGUGCCUAACCUACGGACUCUGCACCUGCAGGAACAAAAGCAUCAUUUCGACAGUCAUGUCGUAGUUCUCUCAACUUUCUCUCACAUCUCGUGCAAGACUCCUGAGGCUUUGUUGCUGGCCCAUCAUCCGCUCUCCUUGCGAUUCCCUCUGUUCCUCAUCUCAUCAUGACCUCCAACUUCAUCUCCCGCUUCACUGGUUCUCAAAAUAACACCUCGGCCUCCAUUUACGAGACAAUUCGAGAGCAUGAUCAAGAUUCUGGCGAUUCAGACCUUGAAGAGAGGGCAGGUCUUGUGUCAAAUCUCCCGCCGUACACCGAUGGCUUUCAAGACCUCGAGUCCCCGAGACUCUCCACCAACCAGUCUCAAACUCGUCCUAGCGGAGCCUCCCAGCCGAGGAAAGACAAGGGCAAAGGGUCCGCCAGGCCGCGGUGGGCAUACAAGAACCAUAAGCUUUUGGACGUGGAAGAGGCCGACGAUGAUGUUCCCGCCUCCUUGUUGAUCGAGGAUGGCGUGGGAGGCCGCACCUCCAUCUCAUUACCUCCGCCACCAAGCCAUGUCCCAGAUGAAUUACCACGGCUUUUCCCCGACAACGCAUCUUCAGCGCAGACUUCUGACCGACAACGACGAGGUCGCUCGACUUCCGGUCAAUACAAUCAAGCAACUCCGACGGCUCGAAACAUCUGGGGCAGCUUUGCCAAUCAAGACCCGAGGGAAAAGGCCAUGUUUCGUUGGGUAAAUGUACUCAACUUGGAUAACUUCCUGCUUGAUGUUUACAACUACUACAUCUGCCAUGGGUUCUGGUCGACUGUCUUGAUGCGUGUUUUCAACAUUGUCACCAUUGGCUUCAUCGUUGGCUUUUCCUUGUUUCUGACCCAGUGCAUCGACUAUCGUAAACUCAAAGGCAGCAACAAGAUGUCCGAUAUCCGAAUACACAAUUGUUCCAGCAAGAUGGGUUUCGUUCCAAAUGCUCUCCUUUGGAUCACCACCUUCAUUUGGUUGUGGAAGUCGGUCAGCUACAUCAUAGACAUUCCUCGGCUGCGGCAUAUGCACGAUUUUUACCUCCACCUCUUGAACAUCCCAGAGGAUGAAAUCCAGUCCAUAUCGUGGCAGGAAGUCGUCAGCCGUCUCAUGGCCCUGCGAGAUUCCAAUCCAAACACAGCAGCUGCAGCAGGUCGACGUCAAAGUGCCUGGAUCAGGACUCAGAGUAAACAGCGGAUGGAUGCUCAUGACAUUGCGAGCAGACUGAUGCGACGGCAGAAUUAUAUGAUCGCCAUGAUCAACAAAGACAUCCUCGACCUGACCCUGCCCAUCCCAUUUCUGCGUAACCGAAGACUCUUCACUCGGACUCUGGAAUGGAGUAUCGAUCUGUGCAUCAUGGAUUUUGUCUUCAACGAAAGAGGCCAAAUCAAAUCUCUAUUUCUCAAAGACACCCAUAGGACAGCCCUAUCAACAGCCCUCCGCAAUCGCUUUUUCAUGACUGGAGUUGCCAGCCUGAUCUUCUCCCCCUUUUUGGCAGCCUUCUUCGUCAUCAAGCAUGUUUUUCUAAACUUCAAUGAAUACCAGAAGAACCCUGCCAAGAUAGGAUCCAGAGAAUACAACCCGUAUGCAGAGUGGAAGUUCCGCGAGUUCAAUGAGCUCUACCAUCUAUUCCAGCGACGCAUCAACAUGUCAUAUCCGUUUGCCAGCAGAUAUAUAAACCAGUUCCCAAAAGAUAAGACUGUGCAGGCGGCCCAAUUGGUCACUUUGGUCUCAGGAGCUGUGGUUAGUGUUUUGGGUUUGGCGACAAUUUUGGACCAAGAGAACUUUCUCAAUUUUGAGAUUACUCCUGGUCGCACCACCAUUUUCUACCUCGGCUUGUUUGGAGGUAUCUGGGCGGUCGCGCGUGGCCUUCUGCCAGAUGACAACAUGGUGUACGACACGGCCAACUCGCUGCAAGAGGUGAUUGAUUUUACCCAUUACCAACCGGAGCACUGGAAGGGACGCCUGCACAGUACCGAUGUCAAACAAGAGUUCUCCCAGCUCUAUCAGAUGAAACUGGUGAUUUUCGUCGAAGAAGUCCUAAGCAUGAUCUUUACACCUUUUGUCUUGUGCUUCAGUCUUCCGAAGUGCAGUGAUCGCAUCAUCGACUUCUUCCGAGAGUUUACGAUUCAUGUGGAUGGCAUAGGAUACGUCUGCUCAUUCGCAGAGUUUGGUUUCAAUAAUCAAGGCGCACAGCAGCCCGCAAAUGUUCCGGCUAAGGAUACGCGAGAACAGUACUUUUCUUCCAAAGACAACAAACUGGAAAAUAGUUACUGGGGCUUUAUCAAUGACUACGCGCGCAAUCCAAAGACCGACAUCAGGUAUAACUAUCAAUCGUCUAAGAGACGAUUCAACAUGCCUCCUCCUGGCCCCGGACUACUGUCACCCAACUUUGCACCUACGUUCGAGCGGGAACAUACCUUUGGCAGUGCGGCGAACCGUCAGAGCAUGUUCUCUCCGCCUCAUCGUGCAAAUUCAGGGACACCAAAGUUUGCUUCUCAACAACCCCCAGUCGGGUCGCCUCUUCAGUCUCUUUUGUUGGACCCCCAUCAUCAGCCGUCUGCCACUGGAUUUGGUACUUCACCUCAGCCGGGGCGAAAUGCCCGCGGCGGACAGGCUUCAGUUCUUGCGCGACGGCGACGAGCUCGGCCUUCCAACGUGACAGAAGAAGAACCAUCAGGCCAUGCUGACAGAAUGACAAACCAAUCUCAUGGAGUGGCGGAGACCAUAUCUGGCACGACGGAACAGCCUCGAAAAGGCCGAUCGAAUGGAGCUGAAGCGGGCCUAGCAAGUGUUAGUCCUGGAGUCCCUGAGACCCAGGCUGCGGAGGGGGAGCUAGGAUCGUGGAAGUACGAAAACGAGUCUGAAGAUGAUGACCACAGCAAUGGCAGUGACGAGGAGGAAGAUAACCUGAAAAACGUCACUGGAGGGGGUCCGCUGAAUCUCAUCAGACAGUUCCAGAAGGCCCACCAAGGCGAGGCCAGAAACACAUCAGGCCUCCCAGGAAUCUGACCGCUGGGCUGCCGGAAGCGACAUGUGCGUGAUAGUCAUGUUUCGGCGAUCGGGGUAUUCCCAUGACUGCGGACUCACACGGUAUUGCAACAUGUACGGCAUAUAUAAAAAAACCUUGUUUGCAUUGGUAACGGGGUCCGUGAUCAGCAUAGUUACAGGCAUAGUCGCGGACCCAUCCAGACUGUGUGAAAGGCCGAGGGGGCUCAUUCGUAGGAAGGCAUGCAUGAUUUAGAGGCAGGCAAGGAUAGAUACCUAGAUAUCAGCUCGAAAC